GGGCGGCCCCGGGCAGCUGGGAGAGCGGGCGGGCGGGCGGGCAGGACGGUCCCGGGGAUCAUGGGGGAGAGCACGGUGGAGCCGGGGCCUGCGUCCGGGGCGCCCGCCGGGGGCCCCGUGCACGCCGUGACGGUGGUGACCCUGCUGGAGAAGCUGGCCACCAUGCUGGAGGCGCUGCUGGAGAGGCAGGGCGGCCUGGCGCAGAGGCAGGGGGGCCUGGCGGGCUCGGUGCGCCGCAUCCAGAGCGGCCUGGGCGCCCUGAGCCGCAGCCACGACACCACCAGCAACACGCUGGCCCAGCUGCUGGCCAAGGCGGAGCGCGUGGGCUCGCACGCCGACGCGGCCCAGGAGCGCGCCGCGCGCCGCGCCGCCCAGGUGCAGCGGCUGGAGGCCAAUCACGGGCUGCUGGUGGCGCGCGGGAAGCUCCACGUCCUGCUCUUCAAGGAGGAGGGUGAAAUCCCAGCUAGCGCUUUCCAGAAGGCCUCGGAGUCCUCGGGCCUGGCUGAGCCGUCGGAGCUGGGUGCAGAGGCCGAAGUGGGAGAGAGCUCCGACGACGAGGAGCCCGUGGAGUCCCGGGCGAAGCGGCUGCGGCGCACGGGCUUGCAGAAGGUCCAGAGCCUGCGGAGGGCGCUGUCUGGGCGGAAAGGCCCCCAAGCGCCUCUCCCCACCCCGGUCAAGCCGCCUCGCCUAGGGCCUGGCCGGAGCGCGGAGGGCCAGCCCGAAGGCCAGCCUGCAGCCCCGCCCGUGCAUGAGUUUGCCCGCGAGGCAGAACCUCCGCUGGACACCGAGGAAGACCCGGGGAGGCCUGGGGCCGCCGACGGGGCUCCGCCCCAAAUAGAGAGUGCAGCCUGACCCGGGGCCGCCCGCCUCCUCGGGGCCCUGUCCUAAAAUACAUCCUUUCCCAAUGCAGCCUUCACGUCCAAAUAAGGAGCCAAUUUUGUAUCCACUGCCUAGCUCGGGCUCUCCCUGCCUUUUUUUUUUUCUUUUUCUAAUAUGCUCUAAAACAGUACUUGGCACUCAGUAUCAAUAAAAGUAAUUUCAUCUAA